AUGGGAUGCUUUGGUUUCCUCAAGUUCAUGAUGUUUCUUUUCAACGGGAUCAUCUUUGUGGCGGGUGCAGCCAUCCUGGGCGUUGGCAUCUGGGUGAAGGUGGACAGCGGCUCCAUCCUGGGCUUCCUGGGGAUGAUUGAAAACGCACCUGCCGAGCUCAGCCAGGUGCUCAACGUGGGCUACCUGCUGAUCGCUGUGGGAGCGCUGCUGGUCAUCAUCGGCUUCCUGGGCUGCUGCGGGGCUGCCAGAGAGAGCAAGUGCAUGCUGCUGCUGUUCUUCAUCAUAAUCCUGCUGGUCUUCAUAGCUGAGGUUGCGGGCGCUGUGGUGAUCUUGGUCUUCAGACCUUUGGCGGAAGACAUAUUCGACAAAUUUGGUGAAGCAUCAGUCCAGAGCAUCAAGAAGGACUACGGGAAAAAUGCGGACGUCACGGGACUGUGGGACACAACAAUGAGCACGUUCAAAUGCUGUGGAAUCUACAACUCGUCAAAUUUCGUAGGCUCGCCGUAUUAUGCGGCCAACAACAAUCAAUACCCGCCUCCGUGCUGCGCGGCCGCUAACAACCGGCCCUGUAAUCAAACAAUGAUCGACAAUUUCACGACAAUCCCAGGUUGCUUUGUAAAGAUCAAACAGUUGAUUGAGGACAACACGGUGGCGAUUGUUGCCGUGGCGCUGGGGAUCGCGGCUCUUGAGAUAUGCGCCAUGACCGUUUCCAUGAUCCUGUACUGCAAGGUAGAUUCCAAGUCAGGUUAA